GUCAAUUCUAGAGGGAAAGGCUCGCUCUCCUCCUGUCUCUCCAAAACAAACGAAAAGAAAAACUGAUCUCAACCAAGAUGAAGAAGCGCGGUAGCAGCGGAGCUGACGUCGGUGCCGACGCGAAACGGGCAAGAAUAGAGGGGCAGGUAGCCGUGUGUUUGGCGGCGGCGGCGGUGGCGGAGGAAGUGAAGGGCUUCACAUUCCUUGACCCUGAAGGAUUCAUGCUCGAAAUCCAGCACGAGGCUCAAAUCUUGGAGAAGGUGAUGGAUACCGGCGGCGAGCCCACCAUUGCCGCACCGGAGAAGCUCCAGGACCUAGCCCGAGAAACAGAGUAUUUUGACGACGAGCCGGUUCUUGAAGGCGCCGUGGCCGCAAAUCUUGCUGCGGGGGAGGAGAAGGUGGUGGACGUUAACGUUGCGGCGGUGGAGAAGUUUCAGGACCUAGCCCAACAACAAAUGGAGUAUUUUGAGGAGAAACCUGUCGCUGCUGCUGCUGCUGCUGAGGAGAAUGAGAAUUUGGUGGUGGACGCUGAGGAGGAACAAUUGAAGACCUGGAAUCUGUUUAUUUCAUGGACGUCGGCGAUCAAGCCAAUGCGGGGAGAUGCAGCGGCGGCGGAAGGACACAACGACGGCGAACAAGUAGAAGAUGGAUUUUCUUUUGAUACACUUGGUUAGCUUCGGAUAUUUCUUCUUCUUUCUCCUUCUUCUGAUAAAAAAAGUUUGUACAAUUGAUCAUGGUAGGCAAUAUUGCUAAUGCUGUCAUUAUAGGAUUUUGUUCGUCUCAUUCGAUCUCAUUUGCUUGCUCUGCUGAACUUAUCGAACCGAAGACAUUUCUGUCAACCCAGGCUCUUCUACCAUGUUAAAAGCCAAUUGUUCCCAAUAGAUUGCUCCGACGAGUGGGGCUGUAAGUCCGAUUGUGAUACACAUCUAGGUCGAGCAUAUUGUUGAACAGGUUGGAGGGCUUGCCGAUGUUCAACUCGAGAGUCUCGUUCCAAGUGGGAUUGAGUUCCUAUGGGUGGUUGUCAAAAACUAGCUGAUCCCAAAGAUGCUUCUUAUCGAGUGUAGUAAAUGAGAGCCUCCUCGUCUCUUUCCUGACAAACUAGGUGCAGCUGAGCCGAACUCUCCCAAUAAAUUGCACCUGCGAGU